AUGCGGCAUGAAACAUUCCAUGACACGACAGAUUUAAAGAAGCGCAAGCCAAAUCGUCUCCGAGGAACUCCAGCAAAUAAAUAUUCUCAUGCGUUAAGUUUUGCUUGUGUUUUAGGGUUUGCGUUGGGUUGUAAUUUAUUUACAAGAGCCGAAUGGGCGCAACCUUACUUAAUCCGGUUUUUCGAGAACACAGCACCGUCAGUACACCAGGAACGGCAAAAGUGGAUGAUAAAUGACCCGUUGAUAAACUCAAUAAUAAAAAACAAGCAGGAAAAAGCAGAAGGAAUCGUAAGAGAAGACGGAAGAGUUUACAGCUCGGCUACCUACUAG